UCUGGACAGGACGCAAUGCUUUUGUUGUGGUUUCUAUGGCUAAGGCAUCACUGCUAGGAUUCCUGGCCUGGGUGUUGCCUACGCAGCUGGCUGGCACAUGUCUCCGGUGUUGGCGAGAUGCCGCGGUGUACUUUGGCUACGAUGUGGAUCUGCUACUUGGUCAAGACUCAGAAGCCACAGACAAAUUGGGGAAGCUUUUCCUGGGCAGAGCCGGGGACCGUGUCUCCAACAGCAGACAAUUUUUGGAACGAGAACACAUGGAACGGGAAGCUGGGAAUCUUUUUCUUCGCCUCGAAAAGAUUAUUCAGAAUAGUGGGAAAGAUCAAGAACGUCUUCUGAAAGAAGCAGAGCAGGAAAAGCUAAAUUUUGUCAAGAAAUUGGAAGAGGCCUCUCAUGCCUUUCUGAAGGAAAUUUGCAGUUUUUCCUGUGCCAAGUCCCGGUUCCGUCCCUAUGAGGUGGUGCAUUGCAUCAACUGCCGGCUACUCAAAGCUCCCUGCAAUGAUCCUGUAGUAUGUGCAGGGCCCAAUGUUCUCACGGGAGUGUCGGUAACAUUUCUGAUCUUGCUGGGUAUCGGAGGCAUAUGGUGGUAUCGCCGUCGAAAGAAAAAAGCAGGAAAAGAAGACAAGUCUGAAGAUGAUGAAGAGAAAGAGAGUUCAAGUAGUUCAGAGGGCUCGGAGAGCUCUGAGGAGUCAGAAGAAGCUGUCUCAAGCCCCUCACCAGCCAGGAAGCCAAGUACUCCACUGACGAAUAACCCGCCAACAGUGAAUAUCCCAAGCCCCCCACCUUUUGACUUCCCAAGCCCCCCACCAUUCAGUGAUGCCGGAUAUUAAAUCAUUUACAGUGGUUACUGGCUUCCAUCAUUUCUGUGUCUACAGGAUGUCUCUUAAGGCAACCAGUGAUCCACGCAGCUCUCGAGGACUGUGUCAUUUGGCCACUGUGCUUUAAUAACAGCAGGGAUUAUAGACCCGACCAGACCAAAAGUAGUGCCACCACAGGAGAAGUUCAAUUUGUAAAAAGACAUCACAGAUGUUUGCAUGUGGGCUGGUCAACAUGUCGCUCUGCUGAUGUCUCUGAUUGCAAGUCCCAUCAUCCUUCAAUAUAGGCUAUUGGGAGUUGCAGUUCAACACCUGAAGGGCCACAGGUUGCCCAUCCCUUCUCUAAACAAAAGAA